GCUGCAUCGCCGUGUGCCCGCGAGGCUGGCGUGUUACGCCGAGGGGCGAUCAUACCGGCGCUACAGACACCGAGACUGUCGUAACAUCACCACCCUGCCUGACCAUGGAGGGCCUGAAUGAGUCUAUAGGGAACGGGACAUUCCCGAUAACCGCCGUUUCCCCGCCGCUGGGACCAGAGACUAUCGUGGUACCCGUCAUCUUCGGAAUCAUCCUCUUCACCGGGGUCCUGGGCAACUGUGUGUCCAUCUAUAUCGUGGUGAAGUUCGGGCGCAUGCGGACCGUGACGAACCACUACGUGCUGAACCUGUCCGUGACUGACCUGGCGUUCCUGCUGUGCUGCGUGCCUUUCACCGCUGCAGUCUUCAGCACCGCCACCUGGCGAUUCGGCACGAUCAUGUGCAAGGUCGUCUUCUACUUCAUGCAGGCCACCGUACAGGCCACGUGCCUGACCCUGACCGCCCUGAGCGUGGACCGCUACCUUGCCAUCGUGUACCCGCUGGAGUCCCGCAAACUCCGCACCACCAGGGUCGCCAUCUGGGCUAACACCUGCAUCUGGACAGGCUCUUUGCUGCUGUCCCUGCCCGUGGCCGUGUAUCGCGAGGUGGUGGAGAUGUACUGGUUCGGCACCCAGUACUACUGCAUGGAGGUGUGGCCGUCCAAGACAUGGGAGCGAGCCUACAUGAUCUACACGGUUCUGAUCAGGAAACUUCGUUAA